AUGAAGCAUGGGCCCUUCUGGCCAGCAUGUGUAGAAGCAAUUGUGAACACGGUUCACUAUGGAGACUACCUCAUGGGAGAACAACGGAACCAAGCACAAGCAUUCAUAGCUGAGUUCACAGAUGUCUUUUCACUAUCAGUACGAGAAGUGAAGCCCAUAGACUUCAUCAGCUUUCACCUACAGAUUCCGCCAGGCACAACAUUUGCCAAAAAGGUGCAUCAACAGCCGUUAAUGAAACCACAAUGUGAAUACCUAUUCCCAGUAUUGGAUGAUAUGUGA